AUGGCAAGCUUCCUUUCCACCAUGUUUCCCUCUCCAGGUCCAAAAGACGCAAAGUCACCCAUUUCAGACCUUCCAGGUACGCCGACCAAGAAUACAUUCAUCACUCCCGUCUCGACACCUCAGGGUAGCCCGAGCAAAAAGACGAUACCUCCAGGAGCCAACGAACUUCCUACUACAUUUGAUGCAUUGAAACUCAACCCUGUUUCUCUCGAUAGCCCUGUCCGACUUGGAAGACCUCAGAACGGAGCUAGCCCUCUAUCGCCAGCCAAAAGCAACAUCCAACCAGCUGAUGAUGGAUACUUUCCGACUGCAUCCCCCACUGUGGAUAACAGUAUCGUUCAUAAGACAGGGGAGCCCGCGGGAACUCCCUUAAAGAAGCAGGGACAGGAGAACACGCCACCGUCUAGAAUCCCGGUACGAGACUCCGUCUAUCAGCACAACCAAGCUGCGAUAUCACGUGCAGAACUCUACCAGCUUCGAGAUUCUCGGCCAAUAACGCCUACGACUAAGAGAUUUAACACAUCUCGCGGUCUUACUCCUGAAGAAAUGGAGCUUCUGAAGAAGCCCAACGUCCGCCGUCUAGUUAAUGUCACGCAAUUGUACUUCCUAGACUACUAUUUCGACCUGCUCACUUAUGUCGGUGCCAGACAAUCACGGCUAAACGCCUUUAAGGCUGAGGUACCAGCGCCUCCGGAAACUGAUCAAGAAGAAUACAACCAGUUGUGGCAGAGGUACACUGGUAGAGAGCGGGCAAAUCUCCGCAAGCGUCGCAUACGCCUUCGACAAGGUGAUUUCCAAAUCCUAACCCAGGUUGGUCAAGGAGGGUACGGGCAAGUGUUCUUAGCCCAAAAAAAGGAUACCAAGGAGGUAUGCGCCUUGAAAGUCAUGAGCAAGAAGCUGCUCUUUAAGUUGGACGAGAUCCGCCAUGUCCUCACGGAAAGAGAUAUCCUUACCACUGCCAACAGCGAGUGGCUCGUCCGCCUCUUAUACUCGUUCCAAGAUGACAAGAAUAUUUAUCUUGCCAUGGAAUACGUACCUGGUGGAGACUUUAGAACUCUCCUCAACAACACGGGCGUCUUAUCCAACCGUCAUGCUCGCUUCUAUAUCGCUGAGAUGUUCUGCUCUGUGGAUGCACUUCACAAACUGGGUUAUAUCCACCGAGAUUUGAAACCAGAAAACUUCCUUAUUGAUUCCACUGGUCACGUCAAACUAACCGACUUCGGCUUGGCGGCUGGCAAUGUUGCAUCGUCAAAGAUCAAUUCGAUGCGUAUCAGACUCGAGAAGGCUUCUGAGACUACUGUGCCGUUUGGUAAAGCUAUGGAUAAACGAACCGUGGCAGAGCGCCGAGAGGGUUAUCAAACCAUGCGUGAGAGGGACACGAAUUAUGCGAAAUCCAUAGUAGGAUCACCAGAUUACAUGGCUCCGGAGGUACUCCGCGGCGAGGAGUACGACUACACUGUCGACUAUUGGAGCCUGGGAUGCAUGCUAUUCGAAGCCCUCACCGGAUUUCCUCCCUUCGCAGGCUCUACGGCCGAUGAGACGUGGCAUAAUCUAAAGCAUUGGAAAGAAGUGCUUAAGCGACCGGUCUGGGAGGAUCCGAACUAUUUCUUAAGUACUCGUACCUGGAACUUUAUCACUACGUGUAUCAAUUCGAGAUCCAAGCGAUUUUCCAAUAUUAAGGAUAUCUUCGAGCAUCAUUAUUUUGCCGAAGUAGAUUGGAACACCCUUCGAGAGUCGAAAGCCCCGUUUGUACCCGAGCUGGAUUCCGAGACGGAUGCAGGGUACUUCGAUGAUUUCACCAAUGAAGCUGACAUGGCCAAGUACAAAGAAGUCCACGAUAAACAACAGGCUCUUGAAACCAUGGCCGAUCGAGAAGAGCAAAUGGGCAAGGGCCUCUUCGUUGGAUUUACGUUCCGUCAUCGAAAGCCUACCACGGAGGACGGCAGCCCACGGAAGCGGAUCCAGACUGACGAGACGUUUGGCACGAUGCUCUAG